GCAAAGCAUGGAGCUCAUAGCCCUCCCGCGCCUCCACACCAUGGCGCUCAGCGGUGUUGCAGCCGUGGUUCCUGGUGAACGCGCCGGGCCCGCGGGGCCUGCGGGGUUGGCUGUGCGCGUGGGACGACGUGAGGAUCAUCGAGGCUACUGGUCCCCGAGCUUUGGAGCCAUAGACGUGAGGAGCGAGAUCCCAGUGGCCCAUUGGUCUCCUUGCUUGACUGUGGCCCUGCUCUACCAGCUUCGCCUGCAUGAACAACGCCGGCCACGCCGGCCAAGCUGCAGGGUGCAGGCCAGGGCCAGGGACGAGGAGCUGCCUCAAGGAGUGAUUGAAGAAGCAGAUGAAGAGCUUGAAGCUUUGAAACGGAGGCUGGAGCUAAAGCCUGGGCCCAAGCGGCUGCCGACCACGAAAGGCGUCCCCUUCGCGGGCUACAAGGGAGGCCCCUCGCCAGAGGAGCUUGAGGCCAUGGUGGAGGAGGAGGUGCCGGAGCCCAGGUUGGCAUCUGGGCGAUACGACCCUCAUCGAGAUGACCCGCUGACGAAGGGAAUCGCGGCGAUGGCGAAGACUGGGAAGAAGGUGGAGCAUAUGGUGUGCUGCCGUGGUUGCGGCAUUCCACUGCAGACGCAUGAUCCAGACAAUGUGGGUUAUGUACGCUUUGCGAGAUACCUGGAGAAGUGGUCGCAGCGGCUGCACCGUAAGCUGCUUUGUUCGCGGUGCUUGCAGUUGGAGCAAGGAAACUUGGUCCCUGUGGUCAAGGAGACCAUGGCAGAAGGUGAAGUGGGCUUUGGCGGUCAGGUGGUCCCGGCAGAGGUCUUGGCCCAGCAGCUGGCCACGAUCCGCCGCAGGCAAUGCCUGGUGGUGUAUGUGGUGGAUGUACUGGACUUCAAUGGGUCCUUCAUUCGCAGGAUUCGAGAAGUGGUCGGCCGCAAUCCCGUGAUCAUUGUUGGAACCAAGAUUGACUUGCUUCCACCGAAGACGAAUAUGGAACUGGUCAAUCGCUGGCUGCUGCACCUGUUGCGCAAGAAGAAGUUGCGUGUCCUUGAGGUGCAAUUGGUCAGCAACGAGACCGGGAAGGGCAUCAACUAUGCCGUGAAUGCUAUUAUCCAGCACAGAUCUGGCAUGGAUGUUUUCGUGGUGGGCGCGGCCAAUGCCGGGAAGUCCGCCUUCAUCCGGCGACUUUUGGACCGGUUGGAGGUGAAGUUCCCUCAGGGACAGGUGGAGAAGUGCGAGCGGCCCUUGGUCUCAAAGACACCCGGGACGACCUUGGGCCUCAUCCAGCUGAGGGCCUUUCGCCGCUCCGCCAACAGUCCAGUCUUCGCCUCGCUCUUUGACACUCCAGGUGUUCACCAGCCCAACAGCAUGCAAAACCUGCUGGACAUCAAGGACUACAACUAUGUGCAGCCCACCAGGCACUUCGCGGUGCAUACGGUGACGCCUGCCAAGGAUGUGCUGGCCGAGCUUGAGGCGAGUGACGAGCCCGUCUCGGAGGAGUCCUUGAAGCGUUGGUUGGGCCGCUCCGUACGGUAUUUGUGGGGCUUCCCCAACCAAAAGCCGGUCGUGGCUGUGGAGGUCUUUCCUCCAAUUAGUGCUAUGCUGAAGCUGUCCUUUGUGGGCGUUCAUAACUUAGCGAUCACCUGCGAGGCCAACGUGCCAGGCGCCGGCGAAGGCGGCCGCGGCUAUCCGGCGCCACCGGAGGAGAUGGAGUUGUCGCAGAUCUGCUAUGUGAAGACCCCCGAUGCUUUGAGCUUGGAUGGGAACGUGGCCUGCGACCUUUCUUUGACAGGCUUCGGUUGGGUGGCGGUCUCCUUCUGCGCGCUGACUCCGUCAGCUGAAGGUCGACCGAUGGAGCGUUCCAAAGUGACGCUCCGAAUCUACGGCCCCAAGCGCCUGAAAGUGGUGCAGAAUGAGUAUCCAAUGCCGGUGGCCGGGCUGCCGGGGGUUGUUCCCGCCCCGCCGGAAGAGGAGCUCGAAGAGGAUUCCGCCGAUGUAUUGGACGAGGAGGCUCCACGACAGGUGCUGUCGCAGCCUUGGAUGGAGGGCCUGGGUCAAUCGGUCGGCCUCAUGACGGCGGCACCGGGGGGCGGCACAGGCGCCGACAAGGAUGAAGAAGCUGCCAUUGAAGUGAGCACAGUGAUGCCGAAGCAGCCAAAGCUCAUCGACAGUGACAGUGACCUGGAGAGGGAGUUGGGGGACACCAUUCCCGAGAGGAGAGCACGCUUCUCACGGCGGCCCUUCCGACCGGACGAGGAUCCCUUCGAGCUGCCGCUCGGGAACCGGGACCUGGACGAUGGAGCACUUCCCAUGGACGACUUCGAGGAGGAGAAUGUCUCAUGGCCUUUGCCGGAGCUCGCGCUCGGUGGUGGACAGCCUUCGCUGGCACCAAGCGAAGAAGGUGAUCCCUUUGGUGACUGGGCGGAGCUGCCGCCGGCUGUGGCCGCCUCCUUUGGUGCGAGCAGCCCGGGCGGCUCGAGCGGUUCAAGCCGGUCGUCAGCGCCCACUUCACCGCAGAGGGUCAUGCAGGUGGAAGCACCUCAGCCGCGAGAAAGGGGCAAGAAACAUUUCUGGUAUGGAAUGACCAGAGAAGAGAUCAAGGAGGCCAAAGCGCAGGGUUCCCGCAGCCCGAAGCGGUCGAAGCCUGAAGGGGAAGGUCAGAAGAGCUCUUUCAUCAAGGCCCUUGAGAAGGCCAAAAGUCGCAAAGUCCGUCAGCCGAGAGGCCGCCCCAAGCCGAAAGAGUCAGAGGUCGGUGACGGCGACGGCUUCGCUCCAGAUGCGCCCCCUCCGAAGGCUUCACCGAAGGCUUCGCAGGGCAACGUCGCUCUGAAGCGUCGGAUUGUGCGCUGAAUGGGGUGGCUGAGACGAGCGCAAUGGUGUGGCUGUGGUGGGGAGAUGAUCUGAUAUCUUUUGUAGAUUGGUGGAAGGCAGGAGGAUGUACUGUAGGCAUACUGUCGUCAGGUUGAUUGAUAC